AUGUUAUCAGACUCUGCUGCGGUAGGUCCUGAAUUCAGAUCCCUUAAAAAGGCCAGGGUAAAUUCUAGGGUUCCCAAGUGCAAGGAGGACUCGACGCGAUAUUGUAUUAUGCAAGAGCUGCGGCACAAGUCGAAUACGGUUCGCACGGCUGUUUUGCAGGCGAUAUCUGAAGACGGCCUGACAAUCUGCGAUGAGGAAUGCCUAGGCGGCUGUAUUGGGGGCCGAGAUAAAUGUCGGGUAAAUUUUGUGAUGUAA